AAAAAUGAGCAAGUUUGAAAAAUUCGAGGAUGACGAUGAGCAACAUGCUAGCGGAAAUAAUACCAAGUCUAUGUUUGAAGUGAAGGAACCCUCACCAGACUAUUCCAGAGAAUUUAGGAAUGAAACAUUAGAUGAGAAGUUCAGAAAUGAUCCAGUGAGAACAUGGCUCAAGAUGCUAUUUCCUCACUUUGAGCUGUUCUCGUUAACAACUCUAUAUAUCUUAAUUUUGAUUGUGGUGUUUAUUAUUCAGCUCUUAGUUUGGCUGACCAGUAGAUGGACUUGUGUUACAUAUCACAUGGGAGCUAAUUAUACUCCAGCUAUUCAUAGAUGGCAGAUCCACAGACUAGUAUUCCCCACUUUUGUUCAUAAUGACUUCCCUCAUCUAGGUUGGAAUGUCUUCGUAUUGUUUGCAGUCGGAAUGAAUGCUGAGCAUUAUCUUGGAACAGUUGGAUAUGUAGUAUUAAUAGCAGCAUCUGCUCUUCUCGGAAACAUCUUUACUGCUGGGUUCAGACAUAACUUAUGUAAUCAAUCAGUUGGAGCUUCAACAGUUAUAAUGGGAAUUAUUGGAUUUGAAUUCUUGUGGUUUGCUUUCAACUGGCACAAGAUGAGAAGCUCUAAAUGGCUUUAUGUUCUUUAUAUCUGCACUAUAUUCUUAACCACCGUUAUGGGAACAUGGGCUUCUGGCCACGUUGUUGAAUUCUGGGGGCAUCUUGGAGGAUUGAUAGCAGGAGUUUGAAUCACAUGAAUCUUCUUUACUGAACUUCAGAACAUUGACUUAGUCAGAGUUGCCAGGCCAGGAUUCUUUGUAUUUUUAGCAUUAGCAUUUUUCUUAGCAUUUAUGGUAAUGGUAUUUAGAGAUACAAGUUUAUGCUUUCCAAAUCUUUGCAAUAGCAAGUACUAUAAGAUUUUUGAAUAA